AGAAUUUUUUUUUGUACACGUUUGUAUAUAAGCAUGUCUUUCUGAAAUCGCGUUUUCUUCGGUGCAACGAAGCGUUUGAUCCUUUUACAAAUCACUGGUGAAUGUCAUCUUUGUCGAACAAAGUCGCACGUCCGCCAUCGCGGACUCGACGCGAGUUUCGAUAAAUAUCGAGGAUUUUGGCAGAUCCGAGAGAGCAAAGAUGUCCGCCGGGUGCAGCAGAUCAGGAAACCAUCAUCGGUCACACAGUCAGCAGUGUUUGUGAGUAAAUACCAGCUGGAUGAGCAGCCCGAGUCUGGGACGACGUGCGAUCGUGCGAGCGCGACGAGCGUAGAAAAGUCGAAUUGUUGGCAGAAAGAGAGCCGUCGAUAAUGGGCCUCUUUCCGACUACCUCGCCUUUCGACGCUGACGUCGAAAAGGCAACCAACGAGAAAAAUGUAACGGAGGAAUGGGGAAAGAUUAUGGAUAUCUGUGACAAAGUAGGCACAUCCACUCAGAAUGCUAAGGAUUGUUUCCGUUGUAUUGUUAAGAGAUUGUAUCAUCAAGAUCCUCAUGUUGUUAUGCAAGCCAUAACAUUGUUAGAUGCUUGUGCUAGUAACUGUGGAAAGGUGUUUCACUUGGAAAUUGCAUCCAGAGAUUUUGAAAAUGAUUUAAGAAAACUUGUGCAUCACCCACAACCUAAAAUAGUGGAGAAAAUCAAAGCACUUUUGAAGAAAUGGGCGGAGGGUGAUUUCAAGUCAGAUCCACAGUUGAAUUUGAUCCCAAGCUUGUAUAAUAAAUUAAAGAGUGAAGGUCAUGACUUUCAUUUUGUAGAGACAACAAAACGUACCAGCACUAUGAGCAGAGAUCCUAAUGUAGUAACAAAUUCACAAGAAGAAGAAGAUAUUGCCAGAGCUAUACAGCUUUCUUUGCAAGAAACAAAGGCUCACACUCAAAGCACAUCAUCACAUAGCUCGCCAUCCUCGAAAAAGAGUACCAAUUUAUAUCCUAGUGUAAAUUCUGUACUUGGAUCCUCAAGUACCUCAGAAGGCAGGAAAGUGCGUGCUUUAUAUGAUUUUGAAGCUGCUGAGGAUAAUGAACUGACAUUCUUAGCAGGAGAAAUAAUUAAUAUUAUAGACGAUUCUGAUCCAAAUUGGUGGAAAGGCAGCAAUAAAAGAGGAGAAGGACUCUUUCCCGCUAAUUUUGUUACUGCUGAUUUGUCUGUUGAGCCAGAAGAAUUUACAAAAUUAGAACAUAGUAACAAGAAAUUAGUGCAAUUUGCCGAAGAAGUAGAAGUGAAAAUGGUAAAACGCGAGCCGGAAGUAGUCGAAGUUGAAAUAGACGAAAAGAAAAUGGACAGAUUGUUACAUCUGCUCCACGAAGCUGACCCGCAAUGUGAUACGUCCGAUCCUCAGGAAAUGCUUGACUUGGAAGAACAAGUUACCGCAAUGGGACCUCUGAUCGACGCGGCUUUAGAGAAAGUAGAUAAACGACACGCGCAGCUUACUCAAUUAAGUUCGGAUUUGGUCGAUGCUCUUAAUUUGUAUCACAUGCUGAUGAGGGAACCUGCGCCACCAACGCCGUCUGGUUACACUUUGCCCAAAAUGCAACCACAUAUUAAUCAGUAUCCAUUCCACAAUCCGGGACCACCACCACCGCAUAUGUUUAACGGUAUGCCGCCUUCCCCGUUUCCCGUUGGAACGGGCUCAGGUCCGGUAGGACCGUAUGCGAAUUUACCGAGCAACGAAUAUAUGGGUCCUACCAGUAUGCCGAGUAUGACUUUACCGCAACACUUUCACGUUCAACCGGGCCCCCACCAACAUCCGCCUAGGCCGCCUCCACAGGGGCCGUCUCUACCACCGCCUGAACAAACUAGCCUCCCUUAUCAGCCACAAGGAUAUCCACCUCAGAGCGGCCCCGCGCCUGGGCCGUACGGUCCGCCUGGACCUACAGGACCGUCUACAAGCCAGCAACCGCAAUAUGCUCCACCAAAUGGACAACACAUGAUGUAAAGCAAAGUUAUGCGUUACGAACUCAUCUUGUACUCUAAUUCAAAUUGUACAAUAUUACUAUAUUAUAAUUAUUUAAAUAAACAUACCCAAAGUAGCCAAAGAUAAUGGGUUUUUAAUGAAAGUUUUACGUUUGAAUGUAACAGUUAGGUGCAUAUGCGAGAGAGCAAAAGCAGAAAGUGACUUAUGUUGCCUACAACACAUUUAUAUUAGAUUAAGAACAAAUAAAUAAGACUCUUCUCAAAGUUAUGUCAAACUUAACACUCAGAAAGAACAAGAGUCAAUACAGGUAUCGAUGUACAACAUUAUUUUUAUUGUAAAUUUUUAAAUCGAUCUAUAAAUUAAAAUUUGAAAAUUUGUUUUUCGAAUGCCA